GACAGAUAAAGAAAUAACAAACAAACAAACAGACUCAGUCAUAACAUCUGGUGUCAGAACAGCUGGCUUGUUGCGCAGUUGGAUCCCAAUGUUUCUGUGGCCAGCUUCAUUUAUUUGAUGUGCUCUGUUACAACAUAAAAUAAUGACUUCCUUGAUUGGAACAAGUCUCCUCUCUCUGCUAAUCACUUUCGCCCAAGGAGCUUGCCCUAACAUCAUCAGUCGGGCAGAAUGGGGCGCCAGGGCACCAAAGAGUAUCUCGUAUCUCAGUCACCAACCAGUUCAAUAUGCCUUCAUCCAUCAUUCAGCCAUGAACGACUGUUUUGAUAAAACUUCUUGCAUAGCAGAGGUCAAAGCCUACCAGAAUCUACACAUGGAUGUCAGAGGUUGGGAUGACGUGGGUUACAGUUUCAUUAUUGGUGGAGACGGCUCUGUGUUUGAAGGUCGAGGAUGGGACAAGGUUGGAGCUCAUACAUUAGGUUACAAUGAAGUUGGUUUGGGGUUCUGUCUGUCUGGCAAUUUCAUGGACCAUUUGCCAACAACAAUACAAAUGAAUACCACCAGAGCAAUGAUUGAGUGUGGAGUUUCCCUUGGGAAAAUUUCCCCAUCCUAUACAUUGAGAGGCCAUAGAGACAUGAAGCCAUCUACUCUCUGCCCAGGGGACAAACUGUACGCCGAGAUACUGACCUGGCCACACUAUCGCAAUCAGACAGCAAGUCCAUAGAGUUGGUCUGCUUGGAGUGAUACGCUACUUUUUUACGAUUCGUAGUAAAAUAUUGUUACUUAAUCAGCUGAUAAAAACAUUAUUUAACAUUUGACAAAGAAA